GCUUCCCCGCCUUCUUGACUGCCUGCCUUUCUCCCUCCUCUGACCUCUCUCUCUCUCUAUUUAGCUGUUUUGCUGAACCCCAUGUCAGCUGCAGUCUGGGGGAAUCUGAGCCUGCUGCUCACCUGAGAGAGCCUGUGGGUGGGGAGGCAAAGCGCUGCAGAGGCUGCAGCAGAGAGGAGCGAGCGAGGGAGGGAGACGACGAGCCCUGUCGAGCUGUUCCGAUUUUGCCCCCCCGAAUACGUCGCUGCCCCUGCUUUGGAGGGAUCUGAAGCUGCUGCUGCCUGCCAAAGCCCGGAGCCUUUUUCUUCAGCGGUAGGCUCUGAUCAUGAUGGUGGUGGUGAUGGCGGCUGUCCAGCGGAAAGGCUUCUUCUCGUGCUAGUGGAGGAGGCGUGAAAUUUCAUCCAUAAAGGCUGUCGCGGUGGGUGGAGAUCUUGCCCAAUUCCGCUGAAAUCGCCUCCGGCUACGGGUUGGGUCGGGUCGGGUAGCGUGGCCGUGGGCGGUGGGAGAUGAUUACUUUCGUGGACUCGGCGGCCAUGGAGCGGGAGCGGGAGAGUGACAGGUGCCUGGACCCGCAGCUGUGGCACGCCUGCGCCGGCGGGAUGGUCCAGAUGCCGGCGGUGCACUCCAAGGUGUACUACUUCCCGCAGGGCCACGCGGAGCACGCGCAGGGCCCCGUGGACCUCCCCGCCGGCCGGGUCCCCGCGCUCGUCCUCUGCCGCGUCGCCGCCGUCCGCUUCAUGGCCGAUCCGGACACCGACGAGGUCUUCGCCAAGAUCCGCCUGGCCCCGGUCCGUCCCAACGAGCCGGGCUACGCCGACGACGCCAUUGGCGCCGCGGCGGCGUCGGGCGCGCAGGAGGACAAGCCCGCGUCCUUCGCCAAGACGCUCACGCAGUCCGACGCCAACAACGGCGGGGGCUUCUCCGUGCCGCGCUACUGCGCCGAGACCAUCUUCCCGCGGCUCGACUACUCGGCCGACCCCCCCGUGCAGACCGUGCUCGCCAAGGACGUGCACGGCGUGGUCUGGAAGUUCCGCCACAUCUACCGCGGCACGCCCCGGCGCCACCUGCUCACCACCGGCUGGAGCACCUUCGUGAACCAGAAGAAGCUCGUCGCGGGGGACUCCAUCGUGUUCAUGCGGACGGAGAACGGGGACCUCUGCGUCGGCAUCCGGCGCGCCAAGAAGGGCGGCAUCGGAGGGCCGGAGUUCAUGCACCACCACCACCAGCAGCCGCCCCCGCCGCAGGGCGGCGGGUACGCCGGGUUCUCCAUGUUCCUGCGAGGGGAAGAGGACGGCGGCAAGAUGAUGGCCGCGGCCGCCACGAGGGGGAAGGCCGCCAGGGUGCGGGUGCGGCCAGAGGAGGUCGUCGAGGCCGCUAACCUGGCCGUGAGCGGGCAGCCGUUCGAGGUGGUGUACUACCCGAGGGCGAGCACGCCAGAGUUCUGCGUCAAGGCGGGGGCGGUGCGCGCCGCCAUGCGCACCCAGUGGUGCCCCGGGAUGAGGUUCAAGAUGGCCUUCGAGACGGAGGACUCGUCCCGGAUCAGCUGGUUCAUGGGCACUGUCUCCGCCGUGCACGUCGCUGACCCCAUCCGAUGGCCCAAUUCACCCUGGAGGCUUCUCCAGGUCGCCUGGGAUGAGCCGGACCUGUUACAGAACGUGAAGAGGGUGAGCCCAUGGCUGGUUGAGCUGGUGUCGAACAUGCCGGUCAUCCAUCACCUCACAGCCACGCCCUUCUCGCCGCCCAGGAAGAAGCUGUGCGUCCCACUGUACCCGGAGCUUCCGCUGGAGGGCCAGUUCCCGGCGCCGAUGUUCCACGGAAGCCCCCUCCUCGGCCGUGGCGGCGCCGGUGGCCCGAUGUGCUACUUCCCGGACGGCACUCCUGCAGGCAUACAGGGAGCCAGGCAUGCUCAAUUCGGCAUAUCCUUAUCAGAUCUCCACCUGAACAAGCUGCAGCCGGGCCUGUCACCGCACGGGCUCCACCGCCAGCUCGACCACGGCGUGCAGGUGCAGGUGCAGCAGCCGAGGAUCGCCGCCGGGCUCAUCGUCGGCGGCCACCCGGCGGCCCGAGACGACGUCUCGUGUCUGCUCACCAUCGGCACCCCAAAGAGCAAGAAGCCACCGUCAGACGUCAAGAAGGCGUCCACGGCGGCGGCACCGCAGCUGAUGCUCUUCGGGAAAGCGAUCCUCACCGAGCAGCAGAUAUCGCUAGGCGGCGGCAAUGUCGUGCCGGCGCUGGCGAAGAAGAGCCCCUCCGACGACGACGACGACGUGGCCGAGAGGACGGUGAGCAACUCGGACGUGUCGAGCCCUGGGAGGAGCAACCAGGACGGCACGUCCAGUGGCGGAGGCCCGGCGGCGCGGGCGUGCUGGCAGGAGGAGGAGUGCAACAACAGGGCGGCAGGUUCUGAGGACGACCUCCUCGGGCACUGCAAGGUGUUCAUGCAGUCGGAGGACGUCGGGCGCACGCUGGACCUCUCCGCCGUCGCGUCGUACGAGGAGCUCUACCAGAGGCUCGCCGACAUGUUCGGCGUCGACAAGGCCGAGCUGACCAGCCACGUGUUCUACCGCGACGACGCUUCCGGAGCGCUCAAGCACCCUGGCGACGAGCCUUUCAGUGAGUUCACCAAGACCGCCCGGAGGCUGACCAUACUGACGGACGAGAGCAGCGACAGCUUAGCGAGGUAGAGUCCAGUCUCAAGGAGACGGCGGUUCGGCAGUUUCGGUUGGGAGUGGGAGGCGCCCCGGAACGGGAGCGCGUGCGUGCGUCUGAUCCAGGACCAAAGAUUUGUCGGACUAGUAGCUCUACAGUAGUGGAGUACGUACGUACACCUUGAUGCUGCUGCUUCUGCUGUCAGUUCAAGUGGCCAUAACCAUAAUGCAGCUGCCUUUGGUCACAGUGACUGAUCGGAUGUGUUGUGUACAUCGGACCGUUGAUUUGCGAACGCGAUUACUGAAAGAUUAUUAUUAUUUUUUUGUAUUUUUGAUAUAACUAAGGUGCUUUGGUUAGUUGGUUGGUUUGUCUGGGAUGCU